CUCCGCCUAGCGGCUCCGCCUCCGAGGUGUUGCGGCUGGGGUGGGUCGUUGGGGGGAGCGACCGGCCGAGUAGCGGGUGCAGAGCAGCGCAGCUACUGUCUUCUCCGCCACCAUGGGGUCCCAGCUGAGCACGUUGAGCCACGUGGUGCUCUCUCCGGUCUGGUUCCUCUACAGCCUCUUUAUGAAGCUGUUCCAGCGCUCUUCACCGGCCAUCACCCUCGAGAACCCCGACAUCAAGUACCCGCUGCGGCUCAUUGACAAGGAGAUCAUCAGUCACGACACACGGCGCUUCCGCUUUGCCCUGCCUUCACCCCAGCACAUCCUGGGCCUUCCCAUUGGCCAGCACAUCUACCUCUCAAGUAGGAUCGAUGGGAACUUGGUCAUUCGGCCCUACACUCCCGUCUCCAGCGAUGAUGACAAGGGCUUCGUGGACUUGGUGGUCAAGGUUUACUUCAAGGACACCCAUCCCAAGUUUCCUGCUGGAGGGAAGAUGUCCCAGUAUCUGGAAAACAUGAAUAUCGGAGACACCAUUGAAUUCCGGGGCCCCAAUGGGCUGCUGGUCUACCAGGGCAAAGGGAAGUUUGCCAUCCGUGCAGACAAGAAGUCCAACCCUGUUGUAAGGACGGUGAAGUCUGUAGGCAUGAUUGCAGGAGGGACAGGCAUCACCCCAAUGCUUCAAGUGAUUCGCGCCGUCAUGAAGGACCCAAACGACCACACCGUGUGCUACCUGCUCUUCGCCAACCAGUCGGAGAAAGACAUCCUGCUGCGGCCUGAGCUGGAGGAGUUGAGGAACGAACAUUCCACUCGCUUCAAACUCUGGUACACAGUGGACAAAGCCCCGGACGACUGGAACUACAGCCAGGGCUUCGUGAAUGAGGAGAUGAUCAGGGACCACCUUCCACCUCCUGGGGAGGAGACGCUGAUACUGAUGUGUGGACCUCCACCCAUGAUCCAGUUUGCCUGUUUGCCAAACCUGGAGCGUGUGGGCCACCCCAAGGAGCGAUGCUUUACCUUCUGAUGGCUGGACGCUGGCCAUUACCAUGCCUGCUGCUCAUGUAUUCACCAUAGCUACCUGUCCACCCUUUCCCUCCCCACUACUGUCCCUCACAUAACAUAAGCUCACAUCCAUAUUGGGGCCUGGGUUCAGCCUGGUCUGCCCGGCCCUGGUCAUCCAGCUGUACUGGCCCCUGAGGGGCCCCUUUGGGAUCAGGACUUUGUAUCAGGUGGUCCCUGUUGACCACUUUCUGCAUAGGCUCCUGUUUGGCACUAACUAGCCAUUAUCAGAGAUGUCCCAUGACCCCCUUAUACACACACCACACAGAUACACACAGACAGACACAUACAGACAGACAGACACACAGAGCUGUCAGUACCAUGUCUACCCAUUGUCAUGGACCACAGUCUACAGAAAAGAAAAGGGAAGCCACAGUCCCAGCACCCACGUCUACACCUAUAUCCACUCACCUGCCUCAGGCCAUGGCAUGGCCUGUGCCCCUCACACUACAUUAUACAGCCGCACCCAGAGGCUCUCUUAGGAGGGUGACUGGCAGUGACAGGCUACUUUUCCCACCCCCUGCAGACCAAGAGUUCCUGGGACAGUACAUGGAACCUUCUGAAACCUCAUGCCCGCUCCUUACAGUCUUGGGUGCCCUAAGUUGUCAACCCAACAGAGUGUGGUAGAUCUUGGGAUCUCCGGCUUGGGCUGGAACCACCAUGCUGGCUUGUUUCUCCAUCCCAAACCUCGCUCCUGCCUGGUCCCCAGCCUGGGGGCGGGCCUCUGAGCAGUGCCUCUUACCUUGGAGACAGACUCGGUGCCUGGCGCUGCCUCCAGCAGGUGGCAUUGCCUCCUGCACACCGGCUUUUUUUUAGUCAUUUAUGGGCAGAAAAGAGUUGAAAUAAAACUUUGCUAAUAUUGA